CUUCUUGCGUCGGUGGCUCCUUCCUGCUGCACGGGCAUGUUUUACGACAUGGGACGGAGCCUCUGGGUGACCCGCACCACCUGAGGAUCCCGGAAGCCGCCCCCGCGAUGGAAGAGGACCAGGAACUGGAAAGAAAAGCAAUAGAAGAAUUGCUUAAGGAGGCAAAACGUGGGAAAACAAGAGCAGAAACAAUGGGACCUAUGGGUUGGAUGAAGUGUCCUCUUGCUGGUACAAAUAAAAGAUUUCUACUUAACACUAUUAAGAACACACUGCCUUCCCAUAAAGAGCAAACCCAUGAACAAAAAGAAGACAGUAAGGAACCUGCAAAAAGCCAAGACCAGAAAGAAGACAAGCGGAAGAAGCACAGAACCCAUCCAUACAAGCACAGCUUCCAGGCCCGGGACACGGUCAGCACUUCCCCUCCGAGGAAGCAGAGCAGCCAGGAGAAAUACGAAAAGCGAUCACACAGGCGGUGAGGCAGGGAUGAAGCACCUGCCAGACAGACUGUCAUGGGCAGCUAGCAUUGUUCUAUCUAGAACUGGAGUUAGAGAGGUUUCUGUGAAAUACCUGAGUGAUUUUUACAGUAGAUCCUUUGUUAUGACAAGCAGAAAAUUACCUAGAGACUCUUCAAGGAAACAAGUACAAAGAACCUAAACAUCUCAACAUGUUUUGGCAGGGUUCAUCUCCCUUGGCAGUGUAAGCUACAACAUGUAUUGUUUUUAUUCUGUAAUAUCUUGUUUGGAAGUUAGUUUCAAAAUAAAUCUAGAACUUAAGGUUAUUCAGAGAUUGUUAAAAAACUAAUUCUCAUUUUCUUAGUGUACUGCAACUGUGAUCAUUUCUCAAAAAAGCAAGAUACUUGUAAAUCCUAUAGUUUAGUUUUUUUUUUCCAGGGGGGUGACAUGUUUAACAUUUGUAAAUCAUUUGGUCAGUAACCAUUUUGAUAAAGUUCUGCUCCUUCUAGCACCAGAAACACAGCAAGAAACUCUUUGAAAACUUUACCUUUCCCUUCAAAUGAACAAUGUAGGAAAUUCUCUAAAUGGCUUUGAUUUUAGUGUUCCAUAUCAAUAACCAGAGGUUUAAAAAAUGACUCUGUUAUUUCCUUGUGCUUUCUCAAAUUCAUCCCUGAGAUAGAACAUAUUUUUUCUAUAUUUAGAAUUUUGGAAAAGUUUUAAGUGGUGCUUUAAAAAGAAUCUCCAAAUGUUUAUAUUAAUGUAACUAUUUUAGUGUUUUAGCUUAUUUAACUAAAGAUCUAUGUUUACCACUCAUAGUAUACUUGUUUCAGAAAUCUUAAUUUUAAAUAAAAGUGUGUUUACAAUGCC